AUGUCCUUUGUAUAUAUCGAAAAUGGCAUGGAAUUGAACAGUGGUAAAGUUUCUGAUGGACCGGGAGAGGAAGAUGAAAGUAAUGGACGUUUGAGUGGACAAGAAUUUAUCGUUGGACACAAUGGCCAAAAGGAUGGACAAAAUGUUGGACAACGUGAUAAAAGUGGAUGUAAAAUUGUUGAACGUUGA